AACGACUCGUAUUAGGUUUUGGCGCAAUUGAUGUCAGAAAACGCUCACCUCCUGCCCCCCGCCUGGGCUUAUAACGCACCGGCCUCUCCUUCAAACACAUUUGCCGUGCAGAGCAUUCCAACCAAAACAGUCCGUAAAGAGAGUCUCUGUUCGGCAUCCAAUACCACUUCUUCCAGUUCUACCACAACUUCUGCCACAGAAGCGCAGGAAUUGGCCGAAAGAGCAGAGUUUGAUAAACAAUCGCUUGAAAUAAGACUAAAACAACAGAAACAGGAAUCAGAAGAAGACUCUAAAUGGUUGGCUCACGAAGAGAAACAAUUACUGGCUUCAGUCAAACGAUUAUCUUUAUGUGAUUCGCAGCACAAUAAUAGUGAACAACAGCAGAGAUGUUCGCCCAUUAAUCCAGUCGUCGAAUACAGUGUGCCAUCAAAUCAUUCCAAAGUGGUGUCAAACGGGACCAACAAUUCUAGUACUUUAAGUACAUUAAGCAGUAUUUCCAACCCAUCGACACCCUUAGAGCCGACGCCGACCGCAGAUCUCGACCGAUCCGAUGAUGGCGUCUAUCACUACACCAUGAAUGUAGUCAAUGCUGUCAGAUAUCUAUUACAGGGCGUACAGGAGGCUCGCGUUGAACAGUAUCUCGAAUUAGUUAAGGCGGUUGGCAUUGAGUUGAGGGGAUUGUUAGCUAGUGUUGACGCUCUGUUCCCAGCGCUGCCCCUUUGGUCGCACCGAGAGAUUGAAUUGACUCAUAAAGUAUUGAGUAAAGAUAUGGCCGGUUUAGUACAGGCCAUGAAAUUAGCGCAACAAUACAGCAGAACAACUGUUGAAAGUGAAUAUAGGAAAGCGAUGUUAGAAUCGGCACAUAUUCUUGUGAUUAACUCGAAGAACCUGUUGGACACCAUAGACCACGUGAGACUCCGGAUGACCAACAGUGUCGAUAUGAUGUCGACUCCAACGACACGAUCACUGCUCACAACAAAUAGCAUCGAAGAAGAGUCAGAAUCAGAAAUGGAAAAGUCAUUGAGUGUCGAAAUAACUUAACAAAGACUCAAAUUUUAUUUAAAACUCAUUUUUAUCACAUUUUUGCAUAUAAUUAGUCACUUUUUAACGAUAAUACAAACCAUUGUCUCUAAUAAUGUUGAUUGAAAUACAGAAUAAUUAAACAUAAUAUUUAAUAAAUCAUAAAAACGAAAUGUAUUAAUAUUAUAAUAAAUUUGUAAUAUAGUUAACAUAAC